UGUGCAGUGCGAACGCGACGCCGGACAGUCGCCCGCGAUCCUUUCCGAAAUACGGUUUGAACAAAAACGACAAUACGUAUUUCGCGGUGACUUCCAUGAGUGAUAACUAAGCGCUGUAAUUUUCACAUACCUACGUCCGUAUUACGGUUUAAACACAGCGCUGUAUCCUUUAUUUUAAUGUCAGACCAAACAUACGCGUUAUAACCGAACCACGUUAUAUACCGUGCAUACACUGCGAUACCACAACAACGACUGCCGUUCCGGGCACCAGUCCAACGAGAUACCCAGGAGGGGGAUCCGCCAACCAAAGAUCCACUUAAAUUUGUUGCGUUCAAAACGUUGAGAAAAACACCAUAGAUUAUUUCGAGUUUAUAACAUCAGUGUUUCAUAAAAUAAAGUAAAUUUUAUUCAGAGUAAUAAAAUUUUGAUUUUAUUUUAUAUUAAGAUAAUUGACAAAAUGGUGGUAAAAAUUAUCAUCAUCGGAGCUGGGGUUGGUGGUACAGCAGCAGCUGCUAGACUUAGCAAAAAAGGAUUUCAAGUAGAAAUUUAUGAAAAGAACGCAUAUAAUGGUGGAAGAUGUUCACUCAUUUAUCAAAAUGGACAUCGGUUCGAUCAAGGACCAUCAUUGUAUUUGAUGCCCAAGAUAUUUGAAGAAACAUUUGAAGAUUUGGGAGAGGAUAUUAAAAAUCAUAUAGAGUUACUAAAGUGUCCUUCUAAUUACAGCGUACAUUUUCACGACGGCGAAACAUUCGAACUCACCACAGAUAUAUCGAAAUUAUCUCGUUCUUUGGAAAAAUAUGAAGGUGAUGGUGAAUCGACAUUAAUUAAUUUUUUGAGUUAUUUAAAGGAAACUCAUGUACACUAUCAAAGGAGCGUCAAAGUUGCACUCAAGACCGAUUUCCAACAUUGGUAUGAUUUUUUUAAUCCGAAACAUAUACCGGACGUAAUACAACUGCAUUUAUUGGACACUGUUUACAACAGAGUUUGUAAAUAUUUCAAAAGCGACUACAUGAGAAAGGCGUUUUCAUUCCAGACAAUGUACUUGGGAAUGUCACCGUAUGAUGGUUUGGCACCCUAUACUUUAUUGCAGUACACUGAAAUAGCAGAAGGAAUUUGGUAUCCGAAAGGAGGUUUUAACAAAGUUUUACAGAGUCUGGAAAACAUUGCUGUAGAACAUGGGGCCAAGUUCAAUUAUAACACCGACGUACAAGAAAUAAUAGUCGACGACAACGGAGUGGCGAAAGGAAUUAAAUUGGUAAACGGCGAUGUAGUAAAUAGUGACAUUGUAAUUUGUAAUGCAGAUCUCAUAUAUGCGUACAACAAACUGUUGCCAAAAACGUCAUACGCUGAAAAACUCGGCAAAAAAGAACUUACCUCUUCUUCGAUAUCGUUUUAUUGGUCCAUGAAAACUAUUGUGUCUGAAUUGAAAGUACACAACAUAUUUUUGGCCGAAAAAUAUAAACAAAGUUUUGAUCAAAUAUUCAAGGAUCAUACGCUGCCCGACGAACCAUCGUUUUACGUUAACGUACCUAGUCGUAUCGAUCCGACAGCAGCACCAGAAGGAAAAGACACGGUCGUAGUUUUAGUACCAGUGGGACAUAUAUCGAAUGUACCAAAUAUUGAUUUUGAUCAACUUGUGAAGAGAGCUAGGGAACAAAUAAUCGAAACAAUAGAAAAAAGAUUAAAAAUAUCCAACUUCAGAAAUUUGAUCGAACACGAGAUAAUAAAUGAUCCGAGAACGUGGCAAAACGAAUUUAAUUUAUGGAAAGGGUCUAUACUGGGAUUGUCUCAUUCAUUAUUUCAGGUUUUAUGGUUCAGACCCAGUUUGAAAUGUAAAAUAUUUGAAAACUUGUACUUUGUCGGUGCUUCGGUACAGCCUGGCACUGGUGUACCAAUAGUUUUAUGUGGUGCAAAAAUGCUAGAAAAACAACUGUGUGAUAGAUUUUUAGAGGGUAAAGUUGAAGUAAACAUGAUAUGGUCAAAGUGUGUUUCAUUUUUAAUCGGUCUCGUAGCACUUCUGAUUUUUUGGUUUUUUUUCAAAUUUUAAUAAUGAACAAUGUAUGCACUAUGUAUUAUGUGUAUAUACAUUUUAAACGUUUAUCACUUUAUUA